UCUCUCUCUUUUGCGGUUAGCGGGGACAGCCUGAACAGUAUUCGUACAGAAGCCGGCAUCGACUAGGACCAAAGGCGGGUCCUUGCGCACCCCCGCUUCCCCAAAGUAAGAGGAUGGCCCAUUUCUCAGGCGAGGACGAGGUGAUGCUGCAGGCGAUGCUGAGGCAGCUGUUCCAGAGCGUGAAGGAGAAGAUCACGGGUGCCCCCUCUCUGGAGUGCGCCGAGGAAAUCCUCUUACAUCUGGAGGAAACUGAUGAAAAUUUCCACAACUAUGAAUUUGUGAAAUAUCUUCGGCAGCAUAUAUGUAACAGUUUGGGGUCUAUGAUUGAAGAAGAAAUGGAAAAAUGGACAUCUGAUCAGAAUCAGGAUGAGGAAUCCGGCUAUGACACAGUUGUACAGCAUGUUACUAAAAGGAUUCAGGAAUCUAAAGAAUACAAAGAAAUGAUGCACUCCCUGAAGAAUAUCAUGAUGGUAGUGGUGGAAUCUAUGAUUAACAAGUUUGAAGAAGAUGAGAUGCGAAGUCAAGAGAGGCAGAAAAAAAUCCAGAAGGAGAAGAGCAAUAGUUACUGCACAGAUAAUUGCUCUGAUAGUGAUUCAUCAUUCAAUCAGAGUUACAAAUUUUGUCAAGGAAAAUUGCAAUUGAUUUUAGACCAGUUGGAUCCAGGGCAACCUAAAGGGGUGAGAUAUGAAGCCUUGCAAACGUUAUGUUCAGCUCCACCAUCUGAUGUUUUGAACUGUGAAAAUUGGACGACUCUUUGUGAAAAACUGAUAGCGUGUCUUUCAGAUCCUGAUCCUGUGUUUAGUGACCGGAUUUUAAAAUUCUAUGCACAGACAUUUACUCUUUCACCAUUACAUAUGACCAAGGAAAUUUAUACAAGCCUAGCUAAAUAUUUGAAGUUACACUUUCUUUCUAGAGAAAAUCAUAUUCCUACUCUCUCAACUGGUGUAGAUACAAGUAAUCCUAAUGUGAUCUGCUUACUUAAAAAGGUUCGUCUUCUAAAUGAAUAUCAGAAAGAGGCUCCAUCUUUCUGGAUUCGUCACCCAGAAAAGUAUAUGGAAGAAAUUGUGGAAAAUACUUUGUCCUUAUUAUCAGUUAAACAUGAUCAGAGCCAUCUUGUAACACAAAAGAUUUUGGAUCCAAUUUACUUUUUUGCAUUGGUUGAUACCAAGGCUGUGUGGUUCAAAAAGUGGAUGCAUGCAUCUUAUAGCAGAACUACAGUACUGAGACUUCUUGAAAAGAAAUAUAAAUCCCUGAUAACUACAGCAGUUCAGCAGUGUGUUCAGUACUUCGAGUUGUGUGAAGCCAUGAAAGCUGGUGAGAUUUUGGGUCAUUCAAAGCAUUGUGGGAGUAAACAGAAAACCUUCUACUACUCAGGACAAGAAUUACAAUAUAUUUAUUUCAUUCACUCACUAUGCCUUUUAGGAAGGUUAUUGAUCUAUACACAAGGCAGACGGCUAUUUCCCAUAAAGCUGAAGAAUAGAAAAGAUUUAGUAUCCCUUACAGAUCUUCUGGUUCUGUUCACCCAACUUAUCUAUUACUCACCAAGUUGUCCAAAGAUGACAUCAGCUGCACAUUUAGAUAAUUACUCUCCUGCAAGUAUGGUGACUGAAGUUCUUCGGAUACUGUGUGAUCAAAAAGAAUGUGCAAUGGAAUGCUUAUAUAAUAACACUGUGAUUGAGGCACUUCUUCAGCCUAUUCAUAAUUUAAUGAAAGGAACUAAGGGUGCUCCAAAUUGCUCUGAAACAGCUUUAAUUCAUAUAGCUGAUAUUUUGGCAAGAAUUGCAUCUGUAGAAGAAGGACUUACCUUACUACUUUAUGGAGAAAAUAUGAAUUCCUCUGAAGAAAAAAGCCCUACAGGUGCUCAUAUAAUUGCCCAAUUUUCGAAAAAACUUCUUGAUGAAGAUAUUUCUAUUUUUUCUGGAUCGGAAAUGUUGCCUGUGGUUAAAGGAGCUUUUAUUUCUGUGUGUCGUCAAAUAUAUGGUACAUGUGAAGGCUUACAGGUGUUAAUUCCUUAUUGUUUGCAUGAGUCUAUAGCAAAGGCAUGGAAGAAGACAAGUUUGCUAUCAGAAAGAAUUCCUACUCCAGUAAAGGGUUUGGAUUCUGUUUCUUCGGUAAACCAGGAAUCCCAAAACAUUAUGGCUUGGGAAGAGAAUUUGUUAGAUGAUUUACUAAAUUUUGCUGCCACUCCCAAAGGACUACUCUUUCUUCAAAGAACAGGUGCCAUCAAUGAAUGUGUGACAUUUAUGUUCAACCGAUAUGCAAAAAAAUUACAGAUCAGCAGGCAUAAAAAGUUUGGCUAUGGAGUUUUGGUGACACAAGUGGCAUCCACAGCAGCAGGUGCAAUAGCACUACAAAGUUCGGGAUUUAUUAAUGCACUUAUAACUGAAUUAUGGGCCAAUCUGGAAUGUGGAAGAGAUGAUGUUAGAGUAACCCAUCCCAGAUCUACACCAGUGGAUCCUAUUGACCGGAGCUGUCAAAAGUCUUUUUUAGGAUUGGUGAACUUGUUACCUUAUCCUGCUGUUUAUGAGCUGGUUGGCAAUCAGGAUCUUCCUAAUAAAGCAGAAUAUUCUCUUCGUGAAGUCCCAACGUGUGUUAUUGAUAUUAUAGAUAGACUUAUAAUUUUGAAUUCAGAAGCUAAGAUUCGUUCUUUAUUCAACUAUGAACAAUCACACAUCUUUGGUCUAAGGUUAUUAAGUGUGGUAUGUUGUGAUCUAGACACUCUUCUUCUACUAGAGGCUCAGUAUCAAGUGUCUGAAGUGUUACUAAAUGCUCAAGAAGAAAAUAUCUUAGAGACCUCUGAAAGUCACAGGAAUUUCAUAAUUGAUGGCUUAUCAGUAGAGAGAAAUCAUGUUCUUGUUAGAAUAAAUUUUAUUGGUGGGCCCAUGGAACGAAUUUUGCCUCCCAGGGUACUAGAGAAGGGUGAUGAUCCAUAUCCUUGGCCCAUGUUUUCUUCAUAUCCUUUACCAGACUGCUAUCUCUCAGAAGUUACAAGAAAUGCUGAUCUAAAACAAGACAAUGAUCUUGGCAAACUUCUGUUAUGCUUCAAAAUGUCUGAUAAACAAACUGAGUGGAUAGAAAACUGCCGAAGACAGUUCUGCAAAAUGAUGAAGGCCAAACCUGAUAUAAUCAGUGGAAGUACUUUACUGGAAUUGCUUGAAAAAUUUGUGCUUCAUCUCUCCGAAAACCUCUCUGAAUGCUACUUCCCCUCAGUGGAAUAUACAGCUACUGAUGCAAAUGUGAAGAACGAAAGUCUUUCAUCUGUGCAGCAGCUUGGCAUUAAAAUGACUGUCAGAUAUGGCAAGUUCCUCAACCUGUUAAAAGACAGUGCAGAAAAUGAUCUUACCUUGAUUUUAAAGCACUGUGAGAGAUUCCUAAAACAGCAGCAAGCGCCCGUAAAAUCUUCCCUUCUCUGCCUGCAGGGGACUUACGCUGGCCAUGACUGGUUUGUAUCCUCUUUGUUCAUGAUAAUGUUGGGGGACAAAGAAAAAACACUAAGAUUUCUUCAGCAGUUCUCCAGGCUUCUGACGUCUGCUUUCCUUUGGUUGCCAAGACUUCAUAUUUCUAGGUAUCUAGCUACUGACACUCUAGAAUCCGGCAUCCAUCCAGUAUAUUUUUGCAGCACUCACUACAUUGAAAUGCUCCUGAAGGUGGAGGUGCCACUUGUGUUUUCAGCUUUUCACAUGUCUGGUUUCGCACCAUCCCAGAUUUGCCUACAGUGGAUAACUCAGUGUUUCUGGAAUUAUUUGGAUUGGAUAGAAAUCUGCCAUUAUAUUGCUACUUGUGUUUUCCUUGGUCCUGAUUAUCAAGUGUAUAUCUGUAUAGCUAUAUUCAAGCAUCUGCAGCAAGACAUUCUGCAGCACACUCAGACUCAAGAUCUGCAAGUUUUCCUGAAAGAAGAAGCACUGCAUGGUUUUCGAGUGAGUGAUUACUUUGAAUACAUGGAGAUUUUGGAACAAAACUACCGAACAGUAGUGCUGAGAGACAUGCGGAACGUUAGAGUGCAGAGCACAUAGAUGGUGGAGUGCAUGGUUUAAUGUCAUGUUUUAUUUAUUUGUAAAGAAAACAGGGGGACUUGAUUGUCUUCUGUGUCUAAAACAAUAUAUGCUUUGUGAAUACACAUAUUGUGAAUCAAUACUGGGACUCUUUCAAUAUAAUAAUAUAUAUUCGAUUAGGAGUUAGCUCAAUUUGUGACAUGAAAUAAAUUUAUUUUUGUUAAGUUCAUUGUUUUCUGAGACUGUUUUAGAAUCAGAUCUAAUUUACUUACAGUUCUUUAUGUGUAAGAGCUGGUCCCAACUGACAUCUCUUUCUUUACCAGAAGAUUAAAAUAUUUUUUUCUAAAUGAGUUUUGAAAGAAGCAUCAACAUUAUAAAUAAUUGUUUGACUAGCCAGAGAGAGAGUCCAUAUGAACAAGGAAGACAUUUAUUUUCUUCAUGUUUUGUCUGCACCUAUAAAGGAAAAUAGACAAAGCCACAAUUACUAAUUUUACAUGAGGAGGAAAUAAAUGAUAUUUAUCAUAGCAAAUGCUAAGAAAACUAUUGUUCUCAGACAUAAUUGUUUUUCUAGGAAUUGUUUUUGAUACCUAUAUCAACUUACAAUUUUCCAUGUGAAGUGUAGGCUCUACAUGGUUCAUUUAGAAGAUAGAUUAGUUAUUUCAUACUGAUAAGCAAUUGACUUUGCAUUUUUUAUACAUUUUUCUUAGUGAUAAAUUUUAUUUGUACUGAACUUAAAAACAUUAAGGAGAAUAACUUCUAAAUUAUUUUAAAUGAGUAACACAAUGUUUUAUUUAAAUAGAAGGCUUUGCUCCAGUGAGAUUAAUACAAUUUGCUAAAGUCUGUUUUCUUAUAACUGUCACAUUUAAUAUAUGAAAAAUAAUACACAAAAAUAUUUUUCAGUUAGCAAUUUUAACAAAUUUUUUUUAACUUAUGGGUGGUAGUCAUUUUGUAUGCAUUACUUAUAUUUAAAUAUAAAUCAACCAAUAAAACCAUUUUGAAGCCUUUUUUUCUAAACCAAAAAUAGCUUAUCCACAAACUCAUUUUUCCUUUCAGUAUCAUGAAACAACUGGCACCAUAGAGUUUUUAGCUGUGUGAUAUUUAGGCUAUUGUAAUAUCAACCUUCCAAAAUUGGGUUUUAUGCUGUUAAUGCUAACAGUAGCUGCUCUGUAAUGGUGUUCGUAAAGGGCAUUGAAAAAGUUGAGAAAAGAAAAUUGAGCAAGUUAAUUUGACAUAUUGCUCCCUUUAGCUCUGGUUGAUAGGAGUUAAGUAAGAGAGUCCUAGGUUACUCAAAAUACCAAGCUUUUGUCUACUUUCAAACUUAAUUUUGGAAAGCUGUAAUACAUGUUUAUGGUUUCAUUUCUUCCCAUUCUGUUCCUGAGUUACUGUUAUUGAUACUAAGAAAUUGCAGCUUUAUUUCCUUUUUAAAAGCUCUUACAUGGCAAUUGGAAAUAUAGAUGGAGAAGGAACUAUCUUAGUUUUAUAAUAUUCAUUGGUGAUUUUGAUUGGAAACUGAAGUAAGAUCUAGAUAAUAACAGUUACAUUUUGGAAAAGUGAAUUCAGCUGAAGCCAGAAGGCGUUUGUGUUCAUUUGUUAAAUAAAUGUCUUAUGAACAAUGACCUAGCAAUUUGGUGAAAUAAAAUGUAAAAUAUUGUUGUUUAUGUAGCUAGCAUUGUAAAUUAUUUUUGUACCUAUUAUUCCAAGAAUACUAUUUAGAAUAGAAAUAAACACAACCCUGCCUUGA